AUCAAAAACAUGAUAAUACGAUAAUAUUCGUAUUACCUAUAUUAUUAUUGUUAUUAUUAGUGCUAUCUUGUCCAUGUGUCGUCGGAGCGUUUCCGUGAUCAAUCGUUUCCGCGGCACCAGUGCAAACGCAUUGAUGAACACGAUCGUCAUAUUUUGCAAGCCAGACUGCCGUUUUGUUUAAGAGAAUUUUUUUUCUCGUUCCGACCGCGGACAUCAAAUCCAGGACAACGUGAUCCCGCAUCGCCACGACGCACGGCAAUGUACCGAAGGACUGCAGUUUUCGCUCUAUUGCAGUAUAAUAUUAUGGCGAUAUUUGCUUGUGAUCUAAAGUCGGAGAUCUCAAGAUCGCAACGGUCCAUUAUCGACGUUCCGACAUUUUUCGACGACCGUUUCGCACAGGAGCAGCGGCACUCGGUGGUCGGCUACGACGGACAGUGCAGACAAAUGUUCGAAGAAGCUGUUGACGACGGACGUUGUUACUCAUUGAAUUCCAGAGCAAACUUCCAACUGCCGGCUCAACCCGAAAAACCGCGAUACGUAAGAAAUGAUGAUGCCUGGUGGUUAGCUGUAAUCGAAAAUAUCAAUAGAAACGAUGAACAGUUACAACGCGAGACUGAGGAAUCUAAGGAAACGUAUAGGAAAUGUCAAUGUAUUCUAUCGUGUAGCCAAUAAAUUAGAUUAGCUCAUCAUAGAUUAAUAGGUUAGAUUAUAAAUUCUGUUUUUAAAAAUGUAUAAGAAAAUUUUAAAAAUCAACAGAAAUAUGCCAAUAUACCUACGUGUAAUAUGAUGAGGCUGCCCAUUGAGAACACCAUUUAUCAAAAUUGAUAAAAUUAAAAUUAAAAUUAUUAUUACUUUUAUUAUAUAAGUGUUAUUAUUAUAUUUACAUUAUUAUUGCAAUUAUUUUCUUAAAAAAAACUUAUAUGUGUUAUUUGUAUUAAUUAUUUAAAUUGUAAAUUGUACUAUGUUUUAAAUUGUUGUAAAGG